GCAUUGCAAAACAAUUGUUAUCGGAAUGAUUGCAACGCCUAACAUGCGUUUAUACGUACUACUGAUUGUAUAACUAAAGUAUACUUACAUUAUUGUCUUGUAGCAAUACGUAUAGUCAGGUACUUAUUGGCAGUACAAUUGAAUGCACGACCGAUGAUCAGAUUUGAAUGAGAACUGAAACGAAAAUAAUUAACGCCGACCGUACCUCCAACGGCCCGACGUAGGAUUGAAUGUAAUUACUAAUAAACAAGGAAAAAAAUUGAACGACGUUACGUUAAAAGCUCGGGCACAGUCAUAGACCGGUGGCGUGUGCUAGCAGGAAGAUCGUUGGAAGUUUGUGUUGUAAAAACGGUUUAAGAAUUCAAAUAAUGAAUGUAUUAAGAAAUGUGUCGUCGGCUUUUUGGACGCCCGAUGUUUGGUUACCGCCUAACAUAACAUGGGAUGAUAUCACACCGAAUUCGGAAAAUAAAUAUGCAAACCCUCAUGAUUUAAUUUAUCCCUUGCCUAUGGCAUUUAUUCUUCUAAUAAUCAGAUACGCCUUCGAAAGGUAUUGUAUCACACCAUUUGGGAAAUCCCUUGGUAUAAAAAACACAAGAGCAAAGAAAGCAACACCAAAUGAUAUUUUAGAAAAAGCUUAUGUUAGUCGAAAAAUUAAAAGUUCCCAAAUCGUGGGAUUGGCCAAGCAACUAGAUUGGUCUGAACGACAAGUAGAAAGGUGGCUGCGAUUGAGACGUGCCCAAGACAAACCAUCAACGCUUACAAAGUUUUGCGAAAAUAGCUGGAGGUGUUUUUAUUAUACGUAUUCUUUCAUAUAUGGUCUUAUAGUUCUAUGGAACAAACCAUGGUUGUGGGAUAUAAAACAUUGUUAUUAUAAUUAUCCAUUUCAUUCAGUUUCAAGUGAUAUAUGGUGGUACUAUAUGAUAUCUAUGGCAUUUUAUUGGUCUUUAAGUUUCUCCCAGUUCUUUGAUGUUAAAAGAAAAGAUUUUUGGCAAAUGUUUAUUCACCAUAUAGCCACUAUUGUAUUAAUGUGUUCUUCCUGGUUUGUAAACUUGACCAGAAUUGGUUCGCUAGUAUUAUUAGUGCAUGACUGUGCAGAUAUUUUUCUAGAAGCUGCGAAGAUGGCUAAAUACGCUAAUUACCAAAAAUUAUGUGAUUGUAUAUUUGCUAUUUUUACCGUCCUGUGGAUUAUUACACGUAUCGGCUUUUAUCCAUUUUGGAUAAUCCAUAGUACAUCGAUAGAAGCACCUAAGAUAGUACCAAUGUUCCCAGCAUAUUAUAUUUUCAAUUCUCUAUUAAUUUUAUUAUUAUUCCUUCAUAUAAUAUGGACGUAUUUAAUUCUUAAAAUUGCGUUCAAUGCUUUCUACGCUGGUCAGAUGGAGGGUGACAUUCGUAGCAGUAGUAGCGAAGAUAUUUCUGAUGCGUCCAUGGAUAGUACUUCAUUAAAUAAUACUACAAAUUAUGCUACCAAACAAAAUUCAAGACAAAAAGUUCACUAACAAAUAACUUUCUAAAAAAAAAGUUUAUUAUAUCACUAAUAAGACAAAAAUCCAAAUAUUUAGCCAGGCGCUAAUUUAUUUCAGCGAAUAUAAUGAAGCCUUGCAUUUAUUGUGGAAUAAGUCAAAUCCUUAACUUUUAUGAAGUUAUGAGACAGAUUACGAAUUUUUUAAUUCUUCACUUUCUUUAUAUCUAUUAAUAUUUUCUAAAACAAUUAGGCGCUUUUAUACAGCAUGUGAGAUUCACAUCUUACUUGUCUCAAAUAUAAAUGUCCAUUCAUUACUUUUAGUAUUAUUAAGUAUGAUAGAACGAACAUCGAGAAUUGUAAACUAUUUUUUCUUAUUAACUGUAUGAUUUAUUUAUAUCUAUUUCAUAUAAAAACUUAGUGAAUUAUAUUUUUUUUUAAGUAAAUUCUGAUUAUUUAGUCAAACAAACAAUGGACCAAAGUUUGAAAAUAUUUCUUAUCUGUACUUUCCAGCCUUCUGAAGGUCUAGCAAUUGAUUAUGCUUAAAGACAAUUAUUUAUUCUCUUAUACUUUACACAUAUAAAAAGGUGUUUUAAGAUUUGUGAAUAAGAAAAGCUAAUAAUAAUAUUAUCAAUAAGUGAAUGUUUUUUACUACUGAUCUGCCCCAUUCUAUGCUGCCUCAUACACUUUUUAAACUUAUUUGUUUAGUUUUUAUAAUACAAGCACAUAGUUUCCCGUAUUAAAGUAAAUGUACUUUUCACUUUGUGAUCCCUAUAGUAAAAUUUAUAAUACGAAAGGUAAAUAUUCAUUAUUAUG